AACAGUUUAUCACAUUUAUGGUUAUCAGACGAGUUCGUUGUUAUUUUAUACGUUUUUAUUAUCGCGUCAUCUUAUAGUUCCCCCAAAUGUUUGUUAAAGUUCUGCCUAAAUAAAAUGGAAUUAAAAGAAGAUUUCGAAAAUCCAAAGUCCGAAUUGGACGCAGUUUUUGAAAUGAUUUUGGCGCUCAAAGCUGAGACCACUAAUAGUGAAAGUGAUGCGGACAAGUUUAUUAAAGACCUAGGUAGAACAGAUCUGGAAAACGAUAAUCCAAAUCUGGAUAAAGAGAAAUGCUUGGGCUGUAUCGUCCAGAUCGUUAAAAUUUGGAGCCAGCAGACUUCGAUUCCUCCAUUAAAUGACUUGAAUCUCAUAUUAAAGAUUACUGCAAUCUUGGCAAAGGAUGAAUUCUACUUUGAGAGGCUAAAAUUUCCGGACACGCUAAAAGCACUGCUGAAUUUAAUUCGGCGAAAUGCCAAAUCAAACGCUGACGUAUCGAUCAAAUUUGGUUAUUUUAACCUGAUGGCGCCAUUAAUUGAGCACGACGCGGGAAUAAAUUGGAUUAUAGAAACGGAUCUGUUUUCCAAAGUUACCGAUUUAAUAACUCGAAUUAAUGGUCCUGAUCGAGUGACAAAAGCGCAGUACAACGCUAUCUGCAGAUUGGUAGAGAGAACAACCGAACUAGAUGCCAAUUUGGGAGUAAAAAUUAUUAAACAGAUAACAGAUCCUCUCACUGAUGUCGUUCGCUAUUUACCGAACCGAUUAAUGCCUAAUACAUUGAAUAAAAUGUUAUACGACAGCCUACGGCCGACUAUAAUUUGCAUCGUUGAAAUCCUCGAAUAUAUGUUGAAAAGGCUCAAUGGCGGCGUUCUAAAUGUUUUUCAAAUAUUAAAAGUAUCGGAUUACUGUAAAACGCUAACGGCAAUUUCGAACGACGAAGAUUUCUCUUUGGAAGUAAACAAAAUUAUCAUUAUCCUGGCGUUAUAUGAAACCAUGAACUUCUUUAAUGGCGUUAAGAUCGUCAACCAUGAUACCGCAGCACUGAGUGGAAUUUGUAAGGUGAUUCAAUCAGAAACCGAAAUGGAGCAUUUGCGAACAACGAUCAAGAUAUGUCUAUAUACUCAAAAAUACUGCAAAUUUGUAAAGGCAAGGAUGCCGAAAUAUUAUGUGAAAGAAAGAUCGAUAGAAAUCGAGAAUCAGCUGCUGAUUCUUCAAAUGGCUCCUAUAUUAACAGCCGACUUCAAGUUAAUAAGUUUUAAGUACGGGAAUUCUAAGACUUACGAUGAAGUGAUAACAUUUGACUUCUUUGGUAAAAUUCUUAGGGAAUUUAGCGAACCCAUGGCUCACGUUGGAUUUAAAUUCAAAGAUCGGAUGCUAGAAGUUCCAUUAUUUGAACUCGAGACGCUCUCGCUCGAGUGUAUGCUUGAAGCUACAUCUGUAUGUUCACUGGAAAACAAGGAAAUGGUGGGCAUGGUCUACCAAGGACUGGUUAAAUGCCUUAAAUACUAUUUAAUUUACGUUGACAACAAAAUGCCGAUCAUCGAUAUAGCGUACGCUGAACAAAUAUUCGUAGAAAAACUUUUGGAAACCAUUUUGGUAUAUACGAAAACUUUUGAGUUGUCGUGGCGGGAUAGCGUGGGAACCAUAUUUGUGUCCACGUUGGCCAUAGUGUUCUUACGACAUCAUUUCUGGUGUCCUCAGAUAACCGUCAAAGGUCUUACACUGCUCAAUGUGGCGAUUUCCAAAAGCAUGUCGCCCAAUAUGACGCUGCUCAUGGAUAUCACGACCAAUUCGUGCCUAAAAGAAAUCGGACCUGUAAUUUAUUCUAAAUGUUCCAACAGUAACAAAGAAAUUCGAAGUGCUGCCAUGGAAGUGCUAUUAACGAUCUCGUCCAACGCAAAUACGAACUAUCCAUUCUUCAAAUCUAUCUUGACGGACUCUGGUUUGGCGAGUUUGAUAUUUGCUUCAGUUGACGACACAGACCUUCACAUCCGAAUAACUUCGGUUAAGUGUCUUCGAGAAAUGAUUCUGAUGGAGGAGCUCGGGCAAAAUUUGGUAGAACGCGGUGUCCUGGACAAAAUGCUAAACAUCAUCGCAUCCGAGUUUGAUGCGGAAACAAAAAAAGAAGCCGCUCAUCUAGUAACAAAACUGUAUGAGACGCAUGAUAUUCCACAAACGGACGUGUACAAAACGUAUUCGACUAUGGCGUACGCUGCAUUAAACGAAAUUGAUCCGGGAAUUAAAGAGAUAGCCGUAAUAUUCUGGAGGAGGGUUGUACGAAAAAAUUUAAUGGACAAUGGUAUGAUAGACGGGAGAUUUCCUGCUAAAAUUUUCUCCAAAGAAAAUAGGCGUAUCGUUUUAUUGACUGAAGUCGAAGUAAGGAAUCGUUUGCUGAAGGGCUUAAGCGAACUGUAUUUCACCGGAUGUCUGGCUAUUUUCCUACGGGUUAUGGAGAACGAAUAUGCUCCGAAAGCAGCUAGGAACUGCGCAAUAGAGGUGCUCAGAAAAUACUCGGGAUUGCUGAGAAAAUAUAAGAUUACUCCGGAGACUGCUGAAACAAGUCUCAGGUAUUCAAAUUUAAUGCCGAUUAUCAACGAAGUCUUAACCGGAAAAUCAAAUAAACUCAACAGAGUGAGCUACAUAAAAGAAGAAAAUUGUGCAAAUAAACAGAAUAACGCAUGCAGUAUUGAAAUUAAGUCAGAAGACGUGCCAUCAGUUCGGCAGUUUCUAGAAGCCACCUAUAAAAAAUUUUUUUCGGAUUCGAAUGAGAUUGUCGUCGACAAAUUUGACGUUCACGAAGGGAAAAGCCAUGUGGAAGAAAAUGAGAUGGACUAUUGAUAUUGUAGUCAUGUCGAUGUUAUACAAUUUUUGUCUUCUUUUUAUAUAAAUCAUCUAAACCAGAACCUGGGUACAUAAAUUGUUCGUUUCUAUGCACGUA